UGCCGGUCGGGCCCCGCGGAAAUGGGCGAGCAUAAUCUCCUGAAUCCCGGGUUUGUGGGGCCGCUGGUAAACAUCCACACGGGAGACACCUUCUACUUCCCCAACUUCCGCGCGUCCGGGGCGCAGCUUCCCGGGCUGCCUUCGCUGUCCUACCCACGCCGCGACAACGUGUGCUCCCUGCCCUGGCCGUCGGCGGAGCCGUGCAAUGGCUACCCGCAGCCCUACCUCGGCAGCCCAGUGUCUCUCAACCCUCCUUUCGGCCGCACGUGCGAGCUGGCGCGCGUGGAGGACAGCAAGGGUUACUACCGGGAGCCGUGCGCCGAGGGUGGCGGCGGGGGCCUGAAGCGCGAGGAGCGCGGGCGCGACCCAGGAGCCGGGCCCGGGGCAGCGCUGCUCCCGCUGGAGCCGUCGGGGCCGCCUGCGCUCGGCUUCAAGUACGACUACGCGGCGGGCGGCGGCGGUGGGGACGGCGGCGCGGGACCUCCGCACGACCCACCCUCCUGCCAGUCGCUGGAAUCCGACUCCAGUUCGUCCCUUCUCAACGAGGGCAACAAGGGCGCCGGCGCGGGCGACCCUGGCAGCUUGGUAUCGCCGUUGAACCCCGGCGGCGGGCUCUCGGCCAGCGGCGCGCCCUGGUACCCGAUCCACAGCCGCUCUCGGAAGAAGCGCAAGCCCUAUUCGAAGUUGCAACUGGCAGAGCUGGAGGGCGAGUUUCUGGUCAACGAGUUCAUCACACGCCAGCGCCGGAGGGAACUCUCAGACCGCUUGAAUCUUAGUGACCAGCAGGUCAAGAUCUGGUUUCAGAACCGGAGAAUGAAAAAGAAAAGACUUCUGUUGAGGGAGCAAGCUCUCUCCUUCUUUUAAGGGGCAGGACAUGAGCACCAGCCCCAGACUGAGCCUGUCCCUGGCAGAGAGCAAAAGAGGGCGCCGCCUAGAACACAGUCCCCGCUUAGAACGCCAGUCGUCUCUGGCAGGCCCUCUUUGGACAUCCUCUUGUCUGUUUUGUUCGUGGUUCCCUCCCAUACACCCCUAAAAGACCCUGCCAGGUCCCAGAGAGAAGGGAAGAAACCUAGCCAGGGAGAGCAAAAGCCCGCAGCUGCCCGAGUGUGGCAGGGACAGGAAGGCUGAGGUGGUCCAGGCUAGUUUAUCUGAGGCGGGACUGGGGCGCUGCGCCUCCGCGGAGGAUCUGGAGAAGCCUCGGCCCAGAUGUCCCCUUCCUCUACUUCCCUUCCAUGGUCUUAAGUCUCUUUGCCUGCAGGAGCAGAGAGCAGGGCCAGUGGAACCAAGGCGCCCUGAACUUGGUGGGAUUAGAAGAGGCUGGGAGGAGAGAGGAAGGGUGGAGAGUCAGCUGAGAGAGCUGAGGGAGUCAGGUGGCUCUGGCAGGACUGGAGGAAGUGGGGAACCAAGGAGGAAGGGUGGUUUGUGAGAAAAUGAUCAGCAAGACCCAGAGUUUGCUUGGGUCUGGGUUCCCCAGGACAUCCAGUGGGCCAAAGCUUGGGCAUUUGGCUGGCUGGGCUGUGGACAAGGACCAUCAGCCUCAUGUUCCCUCUAGGAUGGGUGGCCAGAACAGUCUCCUGGUCCCCAGCCCUCUCCCGAGUCCCCUGCCUGCCCCAAGUGAACGUCCAUUCACAGAUGUGCUGCCAUCCACUCUUCCGCCGCCUAGGCAGCUGUGGGCCUGGUGCAGCAAGCAGGGACCUGAGAGCCCAGCCGACACAGCCUCAGGCUCGGUAGCCACCCCAGAGGUCCCCACCUGGCUCUCCAGAAAGAAAGUCUAAGAGGCUAUAGAUGGGGCUACGGAGCACCACACUGAUUGGCCGGGAGAGUUUCUGGCAGCCACAGCUGAGGCCUCUGAUUCUCCCUUCCCUGCUGGCACUGGCGUUCAUGGUCACGGCCGGCCAGAGGCUGGACCAGCGUAAUUUAUGAGGCAGGAGGAGAAUUCGCCCUUAAAGGGGCUACCAGCCAUUGAGGCCCCACUCAGCCCCAGUUUCCCAGGCUGGUGACAAUGAAGGAGGGGGGAUACUGCAGCCCCCCACCCAACUCCCUUCUCUCUUUUCCCUGCCCACCCCCCAACAUUGCCUUUUGUCUCCAGACCGGUUGCCUCCGCCUACCGUCCAGCACAAGGACCAGAGCAGAGGGAGGGGCACAGUCCUAGAACCCACUGGAGGUCUGAGAGUUGCUUCUCUGAGCGGGAAGGCCUUUCAUCCAGACUUCUUCAGACCCCAGCCUCAGCCCAGUAGAUCCUGGGCUGACUUUGGAGAGAAGCAGUGAGAGAACCCACCAACCUUUCUGCACUUCAUUUUUAUCCUUCUCCCCAAGAGUCCUGCAGCCUCCCAUCUGCUGUCCCGCCCUUUCCAGGAGCAAGAAGCGUGAGAAGCAGGGCACUGAUGGGAGUUCACUGCAGCCUAGACAGUGUGAAACUGGCCUGCUGGCUUGGAGUGUUUCCCACAUGGGGAGAGUCUCCUCUAACAAGCUCUCCAAAGGCCAUCCACAGAGCUCUUUACUCUCCCACCAGCACACAGCUUCAAGUUUCUGUACAGGCAGAGGCAUGGGCAAACACAUACACACAGCUGGACACAGCACAGCACUGGGCCCACCCCAGUCUCCCUAGUGCACUUGCAGGCAGGGAAGUGUCUAUAGUCCCCAUAGAACCCAGCAGAGUGGAGACACAAUCACAUGCCUCCAUCCCCACUGGGUAUCUGACACCUGACACUUCCCCAUCCACACAUACUUGUUUCACCCAUGUACAAGUUCUCCCAAAUUACCACCAUUCCAGCUGUCUGCAGUCUCCUGUGGGCUUGUCCUAGGCAUGAAGCACUCCCCACCUUGCCUAGUCACCCACUGUGCCCCCUUUAUGCAGCCCUUCCUGUGAUCUCUGGGCUCUAGGGUGCUGGAUUUGAGCUCCACCAUUCCUAACUAACCUGAUUCCCAGCCUAAUACAGAAGAGAGACCAGAACGCUCCAAAAGGAGUGGGGGGACAAAGAUAUGCAAUAUUCUCUUUCCAUUUGCUUUAAACUUGACUUCUGUGAGCUUCUCUGUCAAUCUGUGUCUUGUUCUCUGUGUCUGUCGCUGGUACCUAGUGUAGUCCCCGUGGAUAGUUGCCCUUCCCCUACCUGCCUCCCCAGCUCUCUGUAGUGUACCCUCCUAUUCAAACAUCUGUCUUUAGCACGUUUUCCCUUUAUAUAGUCCUUGUACAGAGUUGCUUCAUCAUAUUAAUAUUGAUAAUAAUAAUAAUUAAAACAUGAA